GCACGGGUAGAGCUUGAUUGACUCGCGAGACUGUUGAGGGAGCCGACUGACGACGUACUGCCGCGGUGAUGGUGCUGCCGUUGCUGAGAAGCAGUCGACCUCGAAGCCGUGCUCGAGCUGGUCCCUGUCGGCUGUCUCGGUCUGCUGCUGCCAGCAGGCGCGAAUGAGGAGCUGGCGACAUCGUCUCUCAAUGCUCGUGCUUCUCGAGAUGCACCCGCUUCCGUGCUGAUCGACCGAGUCCGCACAGGUGGCAGCCUGGUGUCAUCCGACAUCCCGCCGGCUGCUGUCUGCGUGCGCGAGCCUGCUUGAUCGGGGUGAUGACGGCCUUGGACAAGCACGUCGAACUGAGUCGAACGCGAGCGCGCAAGCUGACCGCAUCCGCCAAAGACCUUGACCUCGCUUUUCCCUCGCAGGCAUAGGCUAUGAGAUGCACACGGCAUUCGUCUGCGAGGAUCUUGCCCAGCUCAGCGGCAGGGCAGAGGCAUUGGUCCAUCACGGCAACAAGCUCUACGUUGGCAACGCUGAUGGGGAGCUGUACAUCUAUGAGCUCCUGCCAUCCGACACUGAGACUUCCCAUGCUUCGGGAAGCGGACAAGCCGACAAAGUCAGCUUGUUGAAGAGCGUGCCUCACUUUGCGCCCAAGUCGAUCGACCAGCUCGGCAUACUCAAGGAGACUCAUUCGCUCGUUUGCCGCUCAGACGGCAAUGUCCAGCUGUAUGAUCUCACUACACUCGAUCUGCAGACCAGUCUCGGUGCGCAGACAAAGGCUCAAGCGAGUCUCUUCCGCCUCGCCACUCAGGCUCGCUCGCAGCCCGUCACGCCUGCAAAAGCGUCGCCCGUCGCCAAAGGCAAAGCACGCGCCGCCGCACAGAGUCAAGCAGAAGAGAUUGUACUGUGGACAACGUUGGCAGUCACGUGCAAGCGUCGGCUGCUCCUGCUCAGGUGGCGCGACGGCCAAUGGCAAGAGCCACUCGAGCUCAGCCUGCCUCACCAGGUCCGCUCAAUGACAUUUCCAAAUCCAGAGACGCUCUUUCUCGGAUACUCGACCCAGACCUACGGUCUCGUCAAGCUGAGGCCCAAUAGCAAGUCGAACCAGCCUCUAUUGAGCGAGGUCAAUCUGUCCGGUCUGAUGGCAAACGCAACGGCUGGCCAAAGUGCAACCUUGGGCUUAGGCGGGCUUGCUAUCAAGACGGCAGGAUACACAGGGAUCGGCGGCAUCGGCAGAGUGCAACGUAACCUCACUGCCACGAUCAGACAAGAUGAGAUGCUCAUCGUACAAGACGAUCAAGGCUAUCUUGUCGAUCCUCAAGGCAAACGCUUGCGAAGUCACUCUCUGGCCUUUCCGGCCGCGCCUGACCAUAUAGAAUCCUGCUCGCCUUACUUUCUAUCAGCUUUGCCUGCUUCUGCUCCUGCAAAGCUGAACACGCCCGGCUUGGCAGUCUAUACCCUAGAGACCUUUUCGCUCGUACAAAGCCUCACCCUGCCAAAUUCGGCAUCCAAACCCGAAGAGAUCAAAGCACUUGCAGCCUCGUCUGGUCAGAGGCCACUGCUCUAUGCACUAUCGAUCGCAACAGAUUCGCAGGGCGGAAGAGGCAGUCGGACACGAUUGUGGCAGAUCACCAUGUCGUCCUGGUCCUCCCAGCUGGACCAGCUCACACGGCAAGGGGACUAUCAAGAAGCAUCUGCGCUGCUAGGCUCGCUCGACCAAUCAGUCUUGCCGGACAAGAUGACACGCUUCCGUCGGUUGCAGAUCCUUGCAGCAGUCAAACAGCUCGAUCAUCGCCGACAAUGGGAUGCGGCAAUCGAUGUCUUUAUCCAAUUCGACAGCAAUCCCAGCAAAGUCAUCUCACUAUUUACAGAGGCUAUAGCAGGCAAACUGCAUAAGCCAUUCGACGAGCGCGAGGCGACUUUUGGCGGCCGAGCCGCUGCUGCGCUGCCGAUCCCCAAGGCAUCGAAUAAGAAAGCUGACAGCGUAGAGAGCGAUGCUGGUAGCGUGACAGAGACGCUCAGAUCACUCUCGCCUGAUCAGGCCAGUCCUCGAGAAGAUUCGAUUCUGAAGGGCAAGAGAAGCAAGUCAGAUCUCCGCCAAAGCUCGCUGGGCCAACGAGCAGCAGAAGCCAAGCUUCAACAGCGAAAGCGAGAAAGCAUCGAGGUCCUCAUCCGAUAUCUCACCGACCGACGCCAAAACAUCAACAAAGCUCUGAGCAACAGGCAAGGCUCUACAAAGCCUUCCGUUGGCGACGAGACCGAGCCACUUGACGUGCCUGCUGCCUUUGCUUUGCCUGAUGGUCCCCUGACGGAGCUAUCGAUCGAGCAGCUGUACACAAUCGCCAGGAUCGUGGACACCACGCUCUUCAGGUCUUAUCUGGCCGUGCGACCGACUUUGCUCGGUCCACUGUGUCGCAUAGAGAACUGGUGCGAUGCUUCCGAAGUCGAAGAUCUGCUCUUUGCCGAUGGCCGCAUCAACGAGCUGCUCGACUUGUUCCGCGUGAAGAAGCAGCACAAGAAGGCACUCGAGCUCUUGCGACGUACAGUAGACGAGUCGAUGCCCGUCGCUGAACAAGUCGAAGACACCGUCGCCUACCUGCAUCGGCUGGGCGCAGAGAAUAUCGAGCUUGUCUGCGAAACCUCGCUCUGGGUCUUCUCACUCGAUUUUGGAGCGGGCCUGCAAAUCUUCACUGCCGAUUCGGAGGACGUCGAGUCUUGGCCUCGCCAUGAGGUCGCCAGUCAUCUUCGCGCCGUGUCAGAUGAAGCGCUGACGGCAUACCUCGAGCACAUCAUCUACAGCCUACACGACGCAGAGCCAGACUUUCAUGAUCAACUCAUCAAUCUCUACCUCCAGAAUGUUCUUGCGUCCCCUAAAUUCCAGCGCAAAGAUGCGCGAGACUACGCAAAGCUGCUUGCUAUGCUGCAGACUUCUACGCAAUACCGAGCGGAUCGUACUCUGAGCAGAUUGCCAGGAGAUGACCUCUACGAGUUCAGGGCGCUACUACUAGGACGACUUGAGCGACACGAGGGCGCACUACGGAUCUACGUCAAUAGGCUCGGCGAUUUCGCAGCAGCAGAGGCGUAUUGCCAAUCAGUAUAUGCAUCCGGCACAACGUCAUCAGGCAACAUCUUCUCGGUCUUGCUGCAGCUCUACCUCCGCCCCAAAGACGAUGCAAAUCCUCGCUUCGAGCCUGCCCUGAGCCUGCUCGCCAGUCAGGGCACAAAGAUAAACGCCAUCGAGGCGCUUGAACUGCUCCCACCUGUCAUGACGAUUCGUGAUCUAAGAACAUUCCUGCACAAGACUUUGCGGCACGGUCGCGAAAUACGGAAUGGUCUGUCUUUAGAUAAGAACGUCUAUGCUGCCCGCAGAGACGGCCUCGACCGCGAAAAGGCCGCUCUCGAAGGCCGGAGAGUGCGCAUAACUGACUCUAGACUAUGCCCUCAAUGCCACAAACGGCUCGGUAGCUCCGUCGUGGCCAUUCAUAUGCCGCACGGCCACGUCACACACUACAACUGUCGAGAACAGUGGCAUGCGCAUAAAGCUUCGCAGAUCUGAUUGAAUAGCCUGACAUUGCAUCUUGAGCUCAUGCAUGACUACGCG